AUGUCUGCAAAACAGAUUUUCGAGAAGUUCGACAAGAACAAAAACGGUAAACUCUCGCUAGACGAGUUCCGUGACGCGGUUCUUGCUUUCUCUCUAAACAUUUCUGAGAAAGAAGUCACACAAAUGUUCAAGGAGAUUGAUGUGGAUGGUGAUGGCGAGCUCAGCUCCGAAGAGUUUGCUUCAUCUGUUGAUAAAAUGUUGAAAGAAGCUUUUGCUUUAUGCGAUGCUGACGGUGACGGAAAGAUUACUUCCAGUGAGUGUAGGAGAUGGAUUACAUCCCUCUACAAGGCCCAUCACAUAACAGGCCCUAGCCCGACAAGGUCGAUCAAGCUUAGUCGGCUUAGCGGCUAG